CCCGGCCGCGCUUUCGCCUGCCGGUUCCAUGACGGGCCGCUCAGCCUGCACACCUGGACCCUUGAUGGGUGCUGGGGACUCGCUCAACUUGCCUUCUCACUCUCGGUCGUGAUCGGCGCAACUGCAAUUGACCGCCUGGAAAGCCGGCCGCGAUGCUCCCCGUGCGAUCCCGCCGCUUUCGAGCGUCGACCUCGGCCUCGACCGUCCAGACGUCCAAAGCGACCGAAGUGCUCCAGGCCCUCCUCGACCGGCUGUCCGAAACGGCACGAUCCGCCCCCGCAGGCUCGUACCCAGCAAUCUCCGACUUGCUCGACCAGAUCCGACAGAUUCACCAGCAUGUGGCUGCCCUGCCGCCGCCCUCCCCACCGCAAGACGAUUUCCGCUACCUGCGCGGCUUCCAGACCCUGCUCGGCGUCCUACGCGCAUUCUCUGGCUUCUACGACCCGCACAGGCGUAGCCAGGCCGAGAAGGGUGCCGUGUUCGACUUGCUGCAUGCGGUGCUGGCAACCCUCUCGGCCGCCUUCCGCGGCCACCCCGGCAACAGGCGGUACUUCCAGGACAGAGUCGAGGGCGGGGGCUGGGAGGCGCUGGAGCAGAUAAUCGCCAGCAUUGGCGUUGGAGGAGGAGAUUCGGACCUUUGGACCAACUGCCAACUCUUCGGGAAGUUGCUCUCCUUCGCACUGGACGAUCAGCGCUUGGAUGAGCUCUGCCGCUCGGUGGCAUCACAGGCGACCCCCAGCGUCACGCCAGAGGCAACACCUGAUGGAGAAGAAGACAAGAAAGACGAACCCGACUUGGCUCGCGGCGUGGAUGCGGUCGAUGUGAGGUUGAGAGAGAUCAUUCGGCCGCACACGGCCAUUCAGAACCCCGAGAUUAUUCGAACCGUUGUUGGCUUCUGCGAGUCUGUCCCGAGAGAUCCGGGCGCGGCCUCAAGUCUUGUGUCGAUGGUAGUUCUCGACGUGCUGUCAUCGAUAGCAUCUGCCUCCUUCUUCAACCUGUGCGCUCUGCAUGGAACCGGGCUGCUGUCCAGGCUCCUCCGCUUACUCUUCGCCCAGGACGGCCGCCUCACUGCGCCAGAGAGAGAGAGAGCGCUGCCAUUAUGCGCAGCCUUGAUGCGCCUUGGCAUAGACGACCUUGCGGACGCGCAGUUCUUGUUGAAUCGUUCAGACGCCGCCGCCUCCGAGUUCUGUCUUGCCAUGGUGAAGAGAUACACCGGCCCCCCCUUCAUCCAGUUCGACCUUUCUCUCCAUGGUCACUCCUCCAUUGAACUGUCAAAUCUGGGGCGCUCGUUUCCUCCUCAGACGGCGCCCGGAUACACCUUCGCCGGGUGGGUUCGCAUCGACAAGUUCGACCCCGAGUCCCAUACUACGCUCUUUGGCGUCUUCGACUCUACCCAGACGUGCUUUCUCCUGGCUUACCUCGAGAAAGACACCAAGAACUUCAUCCUCCAAACAUCCGUCACAUCUCCGCGACCGAGUGUCAGAUUCAAGUCGGUCGCAUUCGAGGAGAACCGCUGGUACCACAUCGCCCUCGUCCACCGUCGGCCCAAAACCAUGGUGGCCAGCAAGGCGAGCCUCUUCGUCAAUGGCGAGUUUGCUGAGCAAAUGCGCGUCGCAUACCCUAACCCGCCUCCACCCUCCAAUGCCAGCACUGAGAGCUUCGUUUCGUUCUCCUCCAGCAGCACCAAGACGAACCCCGUCCAGGCCUUCCUGGGCACGCCUCGUGAGCUCGCCGCUCAGCUCGGCCCCGGGCUGGUGCACUCCAAGUGGUCACUGGCUUCGGCGCAUCUGUUUGAAGACGUUCUGAGUGAUGACCUUCUUGCCGUCUAUUACCGCCUCGGCCCGCGGUACCAGGGGAACUUCCAGGAUUGUCUUGGCGGUUUCCAAACUUAUGAGGCUUCGGCUGCCCUUGGACUCCGUAACGAGCUGUUCCACCCGGGCAAGGAUGAGAAUUCCGACAUUCUGAAAGCCAUCAGAGACAAGGCGGGCAGCAUCCUUCCUGAGCACAAGGUCUUGUUCAGCAGCUUUCCACGGGCCAUCUUCUCUGCAGACGGCAGAUUUAUGGACUCAUCACUAUUUCGAUCGCUGUCGAAGAAUGCGGCGAGCAAUCUGUUUCAUACUACCGUCAAGAGCGGGACGGCGGUUGCGGUCAACGGAGCUGUGCCGUGCGUCAACGAGGCGCUGGUGAGAAUGAACGGCGUCUCCCUCCUCACUGGCGAUCCCGUUGUUGCCGCUCCCUACCAUUUCGACGACAACCUCUGGCGGCUCGGAGGUUUCACCCCCGUGGGUCUGAAGUUGGUCGAGCGGUCAUCUACGGCGGAAGAGCUGAUACGGUCGGUCGAGCUCAUGUUUUACAGCAUCAGCAACAGCUGGAGGAACAGCGAGGCCAUGGAGAGAGACAAUGGUUAUGCCAUACUGAGCAUGCUCCUUCGCGCCAAGCUGGGCCACGGCGUCCCGGGCUCGGACACGCAAUCACAGACGUGGCGGCUUGCGCUGAACAACGAGGCGAGAGACCAGCUGAGCUUGCGGCUGCUCAGCCUGGUGCUCCAUUUCGUUGGAUACAAGCAUGCCGACCCAAUUGAGUCCUUCAUCAUCAACCCACUUGCCUACCGAGUCCUCCUAAUCGACCCGGACACCUGGCGGAGGUCUUCAACUCACGCCCAGGAGCUCUAUUACAAACAAUUCAUAACAUUCGCAGUGAGAAGCAAACAUCACCAGUUCAACAGCCGUCGGUUGCUUAGGAUGCGGAUCAUCAAGAGGCUCCUGGAUGCCCUAAAAGCCGAGGCCAUCUCAGAGGAGAUACUGCCUCACUUCAUGGCUUCCUUCGAGAGCCUCGUCAAGUGCAAUUACACGGCUGAAGUCCACCGCUCCAUUGCCCUCUUCAUUACCUACGCCUUCCACACCCCUUCGGGCUCCGUAUCACGCACACCCAAGCCAGCAUCGGUCAGCAGCCGGUCCACAACCCCCGGCCUCGGUCUUCUGCGCCGAACUACUCUCGAGACCAGCUCGCCGUCCUCGGCAGCAGGGUCAUCAAGAGUGCUCACUAAGAAACAGCUCGGUCGUAAGCUUCUAGAGAUGUACACGCGACUCCUCUGCGAAAAGUCGAAUGUGGUGGACAUCCGAAAAUUCGCCAAGACCGUCACUAAUAAGGUGAUAUAUGCGGCCGGCCCGAAGAAGAAGAAGAUAGAAUUCGUGCUGACGACCGGGCAGUGGCUGCUAUAUCUGCUCGCGGAGGACGACCCCGAAGUUGUUGUCCUCGGCUGCAAAAUCCUUGCCCGCCUUCUCGUCACGCAGCCUUCGGGAUACACGGCCAAGUUCGCAAGCAAGACGGGCGGCUUCUGGAUCAUGGCCUCCCGCCUCAAGCAGUGGUGGGAUAUUUCAACGCUGUGGCCGAUUUUGUUCAGCAUCCUUUUCGGGUACGACGUGGCCAACAUCGACUUCGACAAGUCGUUCGAUUUCUUUAGCCUCCUGGAGAUCUUCGGCGACAGCCGUGUUGCGUUUCCAGACGUGUUGCCCGUCAUAACUUCCAUGUUGCAACACGGUCUCCGAGAUGUUUUGAGACAUCAAGAGGACCCAGAUUCUCCAGCUGCUGAGCCCAGUGCGAUAAAGACUAUGCAGGAAACCCUCGAUAUUGUCAGGACGAGGCCCAGGGCUCGGUCUAUGGAAUUGGGCCAGGCACUUGAACCGCGGAGAACGCAGCUGCCAGACCGAGAGCGGGUGGCGACCAACGCUGCGGUCUUACAAACCGUUGUCCGUUUCCUGGCCGAUAUGCACGCCCGUUCCGUUAAUUUCAGGGAUUUUGCCCUUUCCUCGGACUACAUCCGGCACCUCUUCUCCGCUCUGUAUCCUGUCAUCGUUACUUCCGAUCCGGUCACUGCAGAGACGGAACUCAAGUCCAGUGACACGCUGAACUUUGAAGGUGGCGAUGUCAUCAUCCGGCCGGUUCCCGGCUCCUCGUCUACUGCGAUCCCGAUCAUCAGGACCACGACUUCUGGACAGUCCGAUGCCCAACCACCAUCUCCGAGCCCCGGCCGAGGCACCCCUCUCCGGCGGCCGUCGUCGUUCAUCCUGGUCUCUUCACAGUCGCCGCCCUCGGCUCCCUCUCCCGCGCGCUUGAAUCACGUCGUAUCCCCGACCAAGAGAGUUGCCGCCCGAAACAUUAGCAAUGCGGUUCUGGAGGGCAUUUUAGAGUUGAUAAUCGGCGUCUUCACAGAUCAGAUCCUGGUCAGGAAGGAGUUUUCGGGCUUUAAUCUCUUCCUCAAGGUGCCGCCAGGAUUCCAAGAGCACCGAGCAUACUUCGAGACCUACGUUCUGCGCAACGUCAUCAACCAUCUCAAGAAUGCCAUCCAGCUGGACCAGAAAGUCCUCACGGAACCCAAGGUACUGCAGAACCUGGCGCGCCUCAAUUUCCACGUGCUUGAGGCCGUAUUCGAGGGUUCGUUCAUGAAUGGGGCCGAAACCAUGAUCGAGUUCACCGGAACGGUGUUGGAGUACCUGCAGAGGCCCGACGUGGCGGCACUCAAGAGCGUCCGUCUCUGCAGCUCGGCGGUGGCUUCGAUCCGGGCCUGCUUCUUGAAGGCCACCCUGCUCAGGCUCUCGGACAUGGACGACCCGGAAACUAAGGAUUCCGAGGCUUUAUCGACCAUGGAGCAUCUGCUCUACUGGCAGACCGUCCUGCUCAGCUGCUUGUCUGCGGAGGACGACUACAUGAAACUGCUGUGGUACCAGCUGUACAACAAACUGGUCGACUCGCGCCCCGCGAUCCGGUUCGUAGCCGCGACACUCUGGCGGAUAAUGCUCGUGCAGAAACCAGACGAGUCGGCGGCGAUCUUCCGGCAAACCAUGAGACCGGACCAGCGGCCCUUGGCCCGUGGCUUUGGGAAGCUCACUGAGCUGGAUGAUGCGACGUUCCUCGAGUGGGUUGACCAGCACCGUCCGUCGCUCGACGCCUUGUUCUUCGGAGGCAUGUCGAAGACCUGGGAAGAAUUUGUCGCGUCCGAAAACCAGCGCACCGCAGACAGCGCCAGGGCGAGGGUCAAGAGCCGGAAGGAAAAGCUGAAGCAGUGGCACACCGAGUCGCUGGAGCGCGACAAUGUCCUGCUCCGUCACGAGAUGGCUAACAGCGCGUGGAUGAAGAGCAUCUAUUUCACAGAACACUUCAAGCACCAGCGACUCUUGCAGGACCAGCAGGACGACAAUGCUUUCAUGGCCUCGACGUUUGCGAAGAUGGAGCGCGACUUGUGUCGUCCCGGCGGGGUGUUCAGCGAGCCCCAAGCCAUCAAGUGGAAGCUGGACCGCACCGAAGGGAGGAACCGCAUGCGCCUCCGCCUCCUCCCGGAGUAUCCUAACCAAAGGCGGCAGGAGUUCCAGCCGAAGCGGAGCAACACCUCUGCCGCUGCUACUCCUGUUCCGAGGCCAAGUACCUCGGCCGGCAAUCUCUCGGCGACGCGGCAGGCUCCGACGCCGCCAGUGGAGAUCGGUGCCAACGGCAACGCGGAGGAUCUCGACAUCUCGGCCGAGCCGGAGACGGUGGCUGGGGACGCAGACCAGCAGAGCGUCGCGCCGGAAGAGGACUUUGAACUGGUGGAGGACCUCAACGAGCCCGAGGCGGACGACACGUUCGAGGAUAAGAACCGAAAGGUGAUGAGGCGACUCCAGCAGGGCGACGCUGUCCGGAACGUCUUCAACAUCUCGCGGAUUAUCGGCGUCGACGCCUCGGAGGGCAUUUUGAUCAUCGGCAAGGAGGCGCUCUACAUCAUGGACAACCUGUUCCAGUGCGCGGAUGGAGAGAUUGUCAACGUCUGGCAGGCACCGGCCGAAGAGCGCGAUCCGUUUUCCAUGAUUAUCACCGGGGGCUCCCCCGGCGAGAGACGGCCCCAGAACCAGGGCCGGCCCGACCAGGAGUCGCGCAGCUGGAGAUGGCAGGAUGUCCUCAGCAUAUCGAAGCGGCGGUACCUCUUCCGCGACGUGGCAAUCGAGAUCUUCUUCACCGACGGUCGCAGUUACCUCUUGACCGCCAUCAACCCCGCCAUGAGAGACGAGAUCUACGCGAGGCUGACGGCCAUGACGCCGCACACCACCAACCCGAGCCUGCUGCCCAAUCCGGAAGACGCGUGGCGGCUGGAGAGCCUUAAGUUUGCCGAAGACGCCCCUCAGACGUUCGGGGCCAAGUUUGGGAGCAUCUUCAACUCGUCGGCGUGGAACCCCAUGAUGAGGCGGUGGCAGAGGGGCGAGAUUUCCAACUUCCACUACCUCAUGCUGGUGAACACGAUGGCUGGCCGGACCUUCAACGACCUCACGCAGUACCCGGUGUUCCCGUGGGUGCUGGCGGAUUACACCAGCGAGGAGCUCGAUCUCAACAACCCGGCCACCUUUAGGGACCUGUCGAAGCCCAUGGGUGCCCAGUCCCCCGCUCGCGCGGCCGACUUCGCGUCCCGGUAUAAGAGCCUGGCAGAGAUUGGCGAGACCCCGUUCCACUAUGGCACUCACUACUCGUCUGCCAUGAUUGUGUCGUCGUAUCUGAUUCGCCUCCCUCCCUUCGUGCAGUCGUUUGUCCUGCUGCAAGGCGGCACCUUCGAUCACCCCGACCGCCUCUUCUUCUCAAUCGAAGGUGCCUGGACCUCUGCGUCGCGGGACAGCAGCACAGACGUGCGCGAGCUGAUCCCGGAGUUCUUCUACCUCCCGGACUUCCUGACCAACAUCAACGGCUACAACUUCGGCGUCAGGCAGGGCGGCGGCGGGAGGGUAGACAAUGUCAUCCUGCCGCCGUGGGCCAAGGGCGACCCGAAGAUCUUCAUCGCGAAGCACCGCGAGGCGCUGGAGAGCCCGUACGUCAGCCAGCGGCUGCAUCACUGGAUCGACCUCGUGUUUGGAUUCAAGCAGCGCGGCGAGGCGGCCGUCGAGAACCUGAAUGUCUUCCACUCUCUGUCGUACAAGGGCGCCAUAGAUCUCGAUGACAUCAAGGAUCCGCAGGAGCGCAAGAUCACGACGGGCAUCAUCCACAACUUCGGGCAGACGCCGCACCAGAUCUUCACGAAGCCUCACCCGCCGCGCGAGUACGACCGGUGCCCGAUCCGGCGGCUGGACACUUCUGUCGGCGCGCUGACGAGGCUGCCCCACCCGCUCCUAGAGAGCCGUGAGCGCGUCGCCUCGCUCAUCUACGUGCCCAAGCUGGACCGUCUCCUGUGCUCAUCUCCGUUCCGCCUCAACCUGCCGCCGCACUACGACAAGUACCUCGAGUGGGGCUACACAGACAACAGCGUGCGCUUCUUCCUGAGCGACAGCAGAAAGCCCGCCGGCCUCUUCGAGAACCUCCACAUCGGCCAGAUCUCGACGCUCACGUUCGCGGACUCCAAGACGCUCAUCACGGCGGGCGAAGACUGCGUCGUAUCUGUCUACAUGGUGCACUCCUCCCCGGGGAAGCCGGUCGUCGAGCUGCAGCCGCGGUCGUCGCUGUUCGGGCACAAGACGCCGGUCACGCACAUCGCCGUGUCCAAGGCGUUCAGCACGAUCCUGACCGUCUCGCAGGACGGCGCCGCCUUCCUCUGGGACCUCAACCGGCUCGAGUUCAUCCGCAAGCUGCCGUUUCCCCUGGCCCGCGGCGGCGGCGGCGGUGGCGGCGGCGUCGAGUGCGCCCGCAUCAACGACGUCACCGGCGACGUGAUGCUCUGCGCUGGACAGCACGUGGUGCUUUUCACUCUCAACGGCGAGCUCAUCCUCGACCAGAACGUUUGCAACACCGCUGCCGGUAACGGUACUGUCGGUAGCAGCAGCAGCAGCAGCAGCAGCAGCAACGGCAACGGCAGCGGCAGCGGCAGCAGCCAUAGCCACAGCCACGACCCGGACGACUACGUGCACGCGUGCGCGUUCUACGAGGGGUCGCCGGGCGGCAGCGAGUGGCUGGAGAACCAGCUCGUGUUCACGGGCCACAAGCGCGGCGUGGUCAACGUGUGGCGCAAGAUGGUGGACCCGCGCACGGGCAAGUGGGCGCUCGGCUUCCUGCGCCGGCUCGACCACGUCAAUCCCAAGAGCGAGGUGGGCGCCAACAUCGAGGCGGCCAUCACGUGCGUCACGCCGCUGAGCGGGCUGGUCUACACGGGGGACGAUGACGGGCGGGUGUGGGAGUGGAAUAUUGUGCAACGAGAGCGGUAGACAAGACUUGGACCGGGAACGAAUAGAACGGGGUAUGAGUAAAACCUGGGGGUCGAUGGAAAAGAGGGGGUUGCAUGUUGCAUAUAGAGCCGCGGAUUGCGUGUGAGGAGGCCGGGAGA